AUGGCUGCGGAUGCUCCGAACCCGGGGGCCAUGGGCGAGGAGGAGGUUGAUCUCUAUGAGCUGCUGUCCAUCGAGAGAGAUGCCUCGCAAGAUCAGAUCAAGAAGGCAUAUCGAAAGGCCGCACUAAAAUACCACCCCGACAAGGCCCCGGAAGACCAACGCGGAGAAUCCGAGGUCAAGUUCAAGGAGAUCACAAAGGCAUAUGAAAUCCUCAGCGACGAUCAAAAGCGCCAUCUCUACGACACACAUGGCAUGGCCGCUUUUGACGGCUCCCGAGGCGGCCCCGGCGGGCCCGAGGUCGACCUCAAUGACAUUCUUUCGCAAAUGUUUGGCUUCAACAUGGGGGGGCCCGGCGGUCCCGGCGGCCCGCGCCGGCCGCGCAGGGGCCCCGAUGAGGAGCAAGAGUACAAGGUGACGCUCGAGGAGCUCUACAAGGGCAAGACGGUCAAGUUCGCAGCCAACAAGCAAGUCCUCUGCGCCCAGUGCAAGGGCUCGGGAGGCAAGGAAAAAGCAAAGCCGGCGGCAUGCGAGCGCUGCAAGGGCAACGGCAUGGUCGAGGCCAUCCGGCAAGUCGGGCCCGGCAUGAUGAGACGCGAGGCGGUCCUUUGCGAUCACUGCCAAGGGUCCGGAAGCUUGUACAAGGAAAAGGACCGCUGCAAGAGGUGCAAAGGCAAGAAGACGGUGCAGGAGAAGAAGGUGUUGGAGAUUUACAUCCCCCGAGGAUCCAUGCAAGGUGAGCGGAUCGUGUUGGAAGGAGAAGCGGAUCAGUACCCCGAUCAGACCCCCGGAGAUAUUGUCUUCACGUUGGUGGAGGAGCCACAUGACACCUUCUCGCGGCUCGGCAACGACUUGUCUGCCGAGCUCAAAGUCACGCUGGCCGAGGCCUUGACUGGGUUUUCAAGAGUCGUACUCAAGCACCUCGACGGCAGAGGCAUCUCGAUCGACCGGCCGCGGGGCAAGGUGCUGAGGCCGGGCGACUGCCUCCGGAUCGAGGCAGAGGGCAUGCCGAUGAAGCGUGGCGAGACCAAGGGCGACCUCUAUCUCCUCGUCAACAUCGAGUUUCCCGAGGACGGCUGGUUAAAGGACGAUGCGGCAUACGACGCGAUCCAGAAGAUGCUGCCUCCCCCGCAAGCGCCGAUCGAGGCGGAAGAGGUCGACGAGGUCGAGUACGAGGACGGAGCAGACAUUGACAAGAUGGGUGAGAACUCGGGAGAUCCACGAUUCGCCAGCGAGUGGGAAGACGAAGACGUCGAGGAUGGGCAAGCGCAGUGCCAGACGCAGUAG